UGCAAAAGCGACUCUUCAUCUCUACUAUUAUUGUAAAGUGUGCUAACACAUUAGCAUGGAUCCACACAGUGCCAUGUCUGAAGCUGUCCGAUGCCUUAUCUGUCUUAAUACAUUCAACGGGCAGCUGGUGGCCACUCCACAGCACUGUGAGCAUCCUUAUUGCCUUACCUGCAUUACUGAAUGGGCCAAGACCAAGAAUUCGUGUCCUGUGGAUCGACUGGAAUUUAACGCACUUUACCAGAGGAGUUGUGUUGGAGGGUCGAUACAAAAAAUCGUCAAGGUAGAGCUCUGUAAGGGUGGCAGAUUGGAAGACGAUGGCACUGAUGAACUGAGUGUUUGCGACAAAUGUGGCAGAAGUGAUCAGAGGCACCUGAUGCUCCUCUGCUCUGCCUGCGACUCAAGGUAUCAUAUAGGCUGCAUCAGCCCACCUUUAGAUGCAGUGCCAUCUGAGCAUUGGUUCUGUCAUGAAUGUACUUCUGAAAACCAAAAUGCCAGCCUCUCCAUAGAGGAGAGCGAUAUAGCUGAAGAUGAAAUAAUGGACUUGCUGUCUGAAGUUGUUCCAGUCUCCAGCCGCCUCAGACCUUCCACUACAAGACAACAUACUCUUACUGUCGGCACUCGCACGAGUGAGAGGAUUCGACAUCAAAGGAGAAGAGUGCAAACCAGACCCCCUAGCACUGUCCAGCAUGUUCCCAAAUACCUUUUAAAGUCAGCUGCCCGUAACGAAGACGCCAAAAUGAGCUACUUUUUCCUCAAAUACCGUGGACUCAGAUAGACGGCUCGCCUACAGGACAAAAAGAAGAGGACAAAGGGAUUGAGAACAUGUUCUACUGUUGAUCUGUGUUUAAAAUAAAUAAACUGUAAAUAAUAUAAAUGUAAUAAAUAAAAAAAGGAUUGAGGACA